GAUACUUGCCUUUCUUGCAACGCACAUUGCUGGUCAAAAUGUGGGCGGUUCGCGCUCGUCGCAGCUCCUUGGUAUCGGCGGGGCGGCCGCAGUCGACGUCGCAGUUGGUCCGCGCUGCUCCCUGCGCCUUGCGGUCCGUAUUGUGGGCUCCCACAGAGAAACAGGCGCCGUCAGACGCUGCGGUGCCCAGCCACCAGCUACUGGUACGCGCUGGUUUUGUGCGCAAAGGUGGUCAUGGACUCUUUGCGCUGCUACCGCUUGGCCGCCGCGUGGUGGCCAAACUGGAGGCAAUAAUCGACGACGAAAUGCACAAGAUUGGCGGCAACCGCGUGGACCUCACGGUGUUGACGCCCAAUGAUCUGUGGAAGCAGUCGGGCCGGUGGCAGAGUCGCGGUCCGGAGCUCAUGACUCUCACAGAUCGUCGCGAAGAUCUUUUGAUACUGGGCCCCACACACGAGGAGAGCAUCACGAGCCUCGUGGCAGCCCAUUACAAUACUGCGGGGGCUGCAGACUCGUCCUUGAGACUGUACCAGAUUGGCCGCAAGUUCCGUGACGAAAUCCGUCCGAGAUUCGGACUGUUGCGAGCGAGAGAGUUCGUGAUGAAGGACAUGUACUCAUUCGAUACAUCGUAUGACGCUGCCCUGCAGACGUACCACGAUGUCACUGGUGCGUACAACGAGAUUUUGAUCUCGAGACUCAAGCUACCGGUUAAGCGUGUGGAGGCUGACUCUGGAAAUAUUGGCGGCAAUCUGUCGCACGAGUUUCACGUGUUGGCGGAUGUCGGUGAAGACGCAAUUCUAUCGUGCUCGUCAUCGGAGUGUGACUACGCGGCUAACGUGGAGAAGGCGGAGGGAAUUUUGCCGGCUUCGAAUGAGCAGGUUAGUGACGAAAUAUCAGAGGAACUUUGCGAUGUGAUUGCACGACUCGAGGAACAGGUACGUGCAGGUGAUGUACAUGUGUGGGAAACCGUGAUGGAGCUUCAAAAGGUUGCAGGAGCACAAGGGUUUUCGGUCAAGUUCGUUCAUGAGCAGGAGCAAGCCUUCGAUCUUGAGGCUACCGAGAUGGACAACGAGGACAACGAGGACAACGCACUGCCUCGCGUGGCGUUGUGCUUUGCUCGACACGAUCGUGAAGUUAACGAACUGUCAGCCAAACCAUUCAUCGGCGGUGAUGAAGGUGAAGUGAUCAACAACCAAACGAAGAUCGCAGAGCUGCUAGCAAAGCGUGACCCGGCAUCGGAGCUGCACUUGCUCCUGGAUGAUUCCCUGAAACAGUGCAAGCACGCUUCCGUGAAGGCUCUUUGUGCCGCUGCAGAACUGCUGUCGAAGCACCAGGAAUACACACAUCUUGCUUGGGGACACUUCCGUUUGGCUCAAGCUGGCGACUGUUGCCCACGCUGCAACAGCGGUGGCGCUGCGGUCCUCGAGGAUAGGCGCGGCAUUGAGGUCGGUCACGUUUUCUAUCUCGGACAGAAAUACUCGAAGCCGUUUGGUGCGACGUACACGGCUGCCAAGAACAACAAACAUCCGCUUGAAAUGGGCUGCUACGGUCUUGGUGUUAGUCGACUGAUUGCAGCGGCAGUUGAGGCUUCGCACGACAACCACGGUAUCGCGUGGCCAACGGAAAUUGCGCCGUACAAGGUUCUCGUUAUGUCGAUUGGUGGAAGGAAGGAGGACGAUCCCGUAUCCCGGGCAGCGUGGGAUAUUGCUGGCAAGCUUGCAUCUGGCACAGUCGCUGGCCUAGUGAGGGACGACGUGCUGCUUGACGAUCGCUGGCGAGAAAGCCCGGGAUCGAAGCUAGCUGAAUCGGAGCUAAUUGGCUACCCAUACCGUGUCGUAGUGGGCAAGCGCUUCACGAAGGAAGGCUUUGUCGAGGUUCAAGCGAGAGCUACAAUGGAAAAGACUUUUUUGACGCCGGACGAACUACCGGCGUUCUUUGCUGGGCUCGUUGAAGCUGACAGGUUUUAGUUCUAGAAAUUUGCUUAUCAAAUAGACUGCAAUACCUGUAGACAACUGCGGGCUCAACUAACCAGAUAGGUAGGAGAUGCCAGAUAAAGAUGUUCGCGAUACUAAAUUUUAGGAUCGUGAACCGAAUUCUCAGAUUUUAUUCGACU